AUGUCCGCCCCCAACCCCGGCCGCCAAUCCCCCUCCCCGGAGCGCCAAACCGGCGCGCAGCAGCGGGAUCCCAUCUCGCAGGGCAAGGCGCAGCACAAGUACCCGCCCCCGGAGCACUCGACCCAGGGCCAAGGAUUGUCGCAGGAGGAGCAGACCGCCGGCCUGUCGAGUAACCCCAAGCAUCCGUUGGAGGAUAUAGAGGCCGCGAAGUUUACUAAGGGGAGUGUUUCCAGCGCAUUCACUGAAGUAUUACAUGAACAGAAGUCGUGA